UGAGGAGAGAUAAGUGCUUAAUUGAUGCUUCACAGUUGGGCAGAUGUGUUCUUUCUGACCACAACCAGGAAAAGAGAACCAUCACCUGUAUUUCAACACUACUGCCACCUUCUCAGUUUCAUUUACGCCUUCCUGCCUGGCCAAGUAAAAAACUGAGGUGUGGCACGCAAGAACCUUUCCUCAAAAGCCAGGCCUUGUUCCGUCCUUCCUGGAAGCCAUCCUAACAAAAGGUAAUUGUUGGUGCUUGCUCUGCACAGUGCUAGCCCAAAAUAGCCAGCACUCUGGAAUUCUACUACGAUGGAGACACCAAGAUCCUUCCAUGGGCAGAUAUUUCGCUACAGCAUCUUGUUUGGCUUCUAUAUACUUUUAACUAUGGGCACCCCUGUUAGAGGAGAAGAGAAUACCAAAGUUUCAAAUCCUGACAGCAGUAUCAUGCCCAGUGUUGUCACUGAGUCCAUUGUCACAUCUGAACAAAUGGAGAAUGGAAGCAAGACAUCUCUUCCAGAGGACCAUCCUCAUUCUUCAUUGACUUCUCCUACGGUGCUUUCAGAAGCAACUGAAUUAUCUCCCAAAAUAUCUAGCCGCAAAGAAACGAAUUUAACAGUCAAAAAGUCUCCACAACAUCAACCACCCCCUGAAACUGAAGAGUUGGCCUCCCAACAUGAAGAAAAGGUUUCAGAACCUUUGGUCCCAUUCACAACGACACUACGUUUUCCUGCCCAAAGCAGCACUUCAGCUGAGCAGGGAACUAUACCUCCUGCUAUUAACACCCAGAGCACCAUUGGGCAGUCAAUCAUCAUUACAACAAAAGCAGGCAUCAUAGAAAAGCCCCUUACAACCACUGGUGGGGUGAAGGCUAAGGUCAACACAACGUUGAGGAGCAAGUUCGACCUGAAACCAUCAGAGAAGCCAAGACCAACAGAAAAAGAAACCAAGAGGACAACAACGUCCAGACAACACGUGCCGGAUGACAAUGAAAAAACUUCCUCCACCACCCACAGUUCAAUCACGGUGGCUUUUAACACAAAUGGAUCAGAGCUUAAUUCUUCUGAGCCACAGUCUUCAGGGAACAGCCACACUGGAAUAAUCUUGGCAGUUGUCUUCUGCGUCUUGUUUCUUCUGGUCAUCGUUGCUUUCUUGUUUCGUCGGCGCCAGCGCCGCUCCGGCUCUACGAAUUUCAACGCGGCCGGAUGGGCUGGGCAGGUGGCCCUGCCAGAUGACUCAGGCUUGGACAGGGAUACAGAGCAAGGGGCCGUGACAGGGCCAGCAGGGGAAAAGGAGACAAGACGCAAUACCCUGGUCACCUUCUUCGGGAAACGUCAGUCGAGAGUGCCUUCGGUGGCCAUGGAAGAUAUCAGUGGAAAAGGAGAGCAGGAAGAAUGCCAGCAGCUGCUCAAUGCAGGUGCUGGCACAGCCUGUAUUCCAGAAGGCACUGGGGAAGCCAAUGGUAAAUUAGCAGAGGGCUCCAUGAAACCUUCUCAGGAGGUAUCCGCUUCUAGCACAGCCAGAGAAUCCUCUUAAACAAUCAGUAUAGGACACACCCACUGCUUAGGCUCCUCCUCCUGCCCAGUAUGCCCAUGCCUUACAACAUUGCAGUGCUCUUACAGUACCACAUUCCUAUGUCUUAUGCCUCUGACAGUAGGUCAGAAGUGAGAGACAUUCUGGCCCAAUCUGCCUCUCCAGGAUUCUCCAAAUGGCUGUGCCCCCUUUUUCCUAUUACAUUGUUGUUUGGUGGUUUCCCAGGUCCUGCAUGGAAUUUUUUCCCACUCGAAAAUGCUGAAAUGUCGUUCUUAAGGCUGAGGAACCGGCAAUGAGAACAUUGAGCUAAACUAUUGUGGUAUUUUUAGCCCCACCUUUUUGCUGUUGGGCCUGCCCAUGACUGCAACGCAGCCCUCCCAAGAACUUUUUUGAAAUGGAGGUUGACCCUCAGGCUUAAAAAAAAGAUUUCUUGCCCUUGGAACAAAUAGCAGCACUCUGCCUUCUUAUUUUCAUCACCUUGAUCCAUGGUGUGCGGUUGGAAGAGCAGGAGAGAGUGAACCUCUUGCUCCGCCCUUGUUCAGAAAUUUGACCACAUCCCUUUUCCUGUUGAUAUAGAAUACGUAGGGUGGAGACCAACGCAGAGACAACUCAAACCUUCCCCAUCUCCCAGGCACCUCCACCAAACCUCAUUUGGGUGGUUUCCCAGGUUUUGUACAGAAAGCACCGUGGGUCGGGCUUUAAGAUCUAUACAUGAGUCUACAUAGGGGAGAAAAAUCUAAGUCUGCAAAGAAGGUGCUGGUUGUGGAUGUCGCAUGAGCCCUGUGGCACAGCGAUUAAACUGCAGUGCUGCAGUCAAAGCUUCUGCUCACACUCUGAGUUUGAAGCCAACAGGCUGGGCUCAGGGUUGACUCAGCCUUCCAUCUUUCUGAGGUUGGAAAAAUGAGUUCCCUGCUCCCUGGGGGGAUAUAGUUUUCCUUGCAUAAUUAUGUGGUAAACCACCCAGAGAGUGCUGUAGCACUAUGGGGCGGUAUUUAAGUCAGGACAAUAAUAAUAAGGCAGUUUUGUUUGUUUGUUUGUUUCCAGAGAGCUAUUUGAUUAGAGUUUUCAGAAAACAGUUCUCAAAACCGAUUGGCUUGCUGCAUUAUGAUGACUAAAAUGGCUGUGGGUGACUCAUGGGCCUUUAUGUCUAGAACUCUUAACACACAAGGAGGAAUGAAUAGGAAGACUAUCCACUAGCUCAAAGUUUCAGUCUCGUCAUUUCAGUGAUUUUUUUUCCUUUAGGCAUUCCUGAAAACCUCCGAAAUCUGGAAGUAAAAUGUAUAGAGGCUUAUAUGUAUAUUUUCCCCUUUUUAGUGCAGGUAGUGGUGAGUCAGGGAUCUGGAUAGAGAGCCAGCAGUUAGAAGUUCGAUUCCCCACUUUGCCCCUUGGACAAGCUGUGCAGCCCCCGAGUGCCCCCCAACAGGAACAGUGAACGGCUUCAGAACGCUAGGAAACCCUGGGAAGGUUUGUUGUAAGCUAGAAUGUACUGUACUUGGCAGCACAUAAUUAUUCUUAACCCUUUGAAAUGUGCUUACUUCUUUGUAUCAUCUCAAAAGUAAAAAUUUAAUUUAAAUUACUAGGAGGAUUCCCCCACCCCACCCCUAGCUAAAAGAGCUUCUGAACAAUAUCGGUGGAAAAGCAAGGAAGCCAAUACACAAAAGUUUUAUUUAUAAAAAAGCAGUGUUUACAUUCUGCCAAAUAAGAGAUAACAAGGGAUAAAAUAGUAUUUUGUCCUGUACGUACCAAAUACAUUUGCCUCCGUAGAUACAAGGCGUAUUGGAAAUCCUGGCAGGUUAAAUUAGCUCUGCUUGAAAGACAACUCAUGUUUCAGGUUUUUUUCUAGGUGACCAUUCCUUGAUCCUGAAUGGCCACAGUGGCUUGUAGGAUGUAAUCAAUCACAAGCCAUCCAGACAAGAACUGUUUAGCUAAGAUACAGAUUUAUCCUAUGUACAGUUGGAUCCCCAUAUCUGUGGCAGAUCAGUUCCAGAAUCCACCAUGGAUGGCUGAAACCACAGAUAUGAGGGAACUUGACAUACAAGAGAGUGGGACAAAGACUACAAAGAGGUGCCCUUGUAUGUUGUAUGCGGAGUUAAGUGAAACUGCGGAUAUCAGUCCUGUGGAUAUGGCGGCCCUACCGUAUGUCAGAAAUUACAGGGCAAUCCUGUGCAUGUCUCCUGAGAAGUAACCGGCAUUUCCACUCAGGUCAGUCAAAACUUUUACUCCCAGAUAAGUGUAUACAAGAUUGUGAAGAUACUAGAUUUCUUAAUAGCAGGUCUUUAGAAGCUAGAUCAUCGUCAUCCUAAUAUACCCAUUACAGGUACCUCCUAUAUGAAAGAUUAAUUAAACCAAGGUGAAUUGGUUAGACAGCAUGAGAUUUGAGAUUCUAGUAGAAUAACCUUUGUUUCUCUGGAGCAGCAUUGUGAAAUGUUAGCUAGUUUGUUUGUUUUUUAAAUAAUAUCUUCCCAAAUAACCCAGGCAUCAUUGGCUGGUCCAAAAGGAAAGCAAUUUCCCCUAUCUCUGGUAUGAAGCAACAAAACUGACAGCAGCUUCUGACACCUUCAAGACUAAUAUCUUGCUCCAGCAUGAGCUUUUGUGAACGAACUAGAGAUCAUUUUUAAUUCAGAUUCACCUGAUGGGCUCUAGUCUCAGAAAAACUUGUGCUGUAAUAGGUCUGCUGGUCUUCAAAGUGCCAGAAGCAGUGGUUACUGUUUUUGGUGGAAUCAGAGAUAAUAAUCAUCACAUGCAAAAUAAAAAAAGCAAAGUAUGCUUUGUUUUAGAAUAUGCAGUAAGGGAAUGUUUCUGUGUCUUACACUGUACUAAAUUGAAUUCACUGUCAUGGCUCCCUACCCAUCCACCCCCCAAAAAUUCUCCCUGCAGUUUUCUGAAGGUACAAGAGCACUACAGGAAAAAUGCCUUGAUUUCCAGACCAAGUCACAGAUCCCAAGAUUCCUUAGAGAGGAAGCCAGGGCAGUUAUUUGGGCUUUUGCUACAAUUUAAUCCUGUAUUUAGCCUAACCAGCCACAGUACUGUAUUCUCCUGCACAAGACCCAAUGAACUGAAUGGGAACUGCUGUGCUAGACCCGGUGUACCAUUGCUGCAUUACUCCCCCCCUCCCCAACCUCCCAUUCGGCUUCCUGACAUCUCUUCCUGUGAAGAGUCCACUGUAGAUUCUAGUGCUGCUCAAUAUUGUUUUCAUAUUUUGCAGAAACUUAUUUUCAUGUGUGCAUUUGGCUGCUUUUAAGUGUACCAAUAAAAAUGUUUUAAUUUUGGAAA